UAGCCAUGAAUCCCAUUCAGAUUCCUGAGGUGUACAUUAUCGGAGCCCAGCCCCUGUGCAGCCAGCUGGCUGGACUCUCUCAAGGCCAGAAGAAGCUUUGCCAGUUGUACCAGGAUCACAUGCAGUAUAUCGGGGAAGGAGCCAAAACGGGCAUCAAGGAAUGUCAACAUCAGUUUAGACACCGGCGGUGGAACUGCAGCACCGUCGACAACACAUCAGUAUUUGGCCGAGUCAUGCAAAUCGGAAGCCGAGAGACUGCCUUCACUUAUGGGAUCUCUGCGGCUGGAGUAGUUCACGCUAUCAGCCGUGCCUGCCGUGAGGGGGAGCUGGCCACCUGUGGCUGUAGCCGGGCCGGUCGACCCAAGGACCUCCCUCGUGACUGGCUGUGGGGAGGCUGCGGAGAUAACGUGGAGUACGGCUACAGGUUUGCCAAGGAGUUUGUAGAUGCCAGGGAGAGGGAGAAGAUCUAUCAGAAAGGAACGUACGAUAGUGCCAGGACCCUCAUGAACCUGCACAACAACGAGGCUGGGAGAAGGACGGUGUAUAACCUGGCGGACUUGGCCUGCAAGUGCCACGGGGUGUCGGGCUCCUGCAGCCUGAAGACCUGCUGGUUGCAGUUGGCCGACUUCAGGAAGGUGGGCGACGGACUGAAGGAGAAGUACGACAGCGCAGCAGCCAUGAAGCUGAACAGCCGCGGCAAACUGGUGCAGGUUAACAGCCGCUUCAACCCCCCCACCACCCUGGACCUGGUCUACAUUGACCAGAGCCCAGACUACUGCGUGCGGAACGAGAGCACGGGCUCACUGGGCACCCAGAGCCGCCUGUGUAACAAGACCUCGGAGGGCAUGGACGGCUGUGAGCUCAUGUGCUGCGGCAGAGGCUACGACCAGUUCAAAAUGCAACGCACAGAACGCUGUCACUGCAAGUUUCACUGGUGCUGCUACGUCAAGUGCAGGAAGUGCACCGAGGAGGUGGAUCAGUUCGUCUGCAAAUAACCCUCCUCCCCUCCUUCCCUCCCUCCCUCCCUCCUCCCAUCCCCUCCUUCCCUCCAACCUGCGGAGAGAGAGAGAGAAUAAACAAUCUCCGAGCACUUGUAGCUGCAGAAGACGACAACAUCAAACAGCAUCAUCCCUCUGUCCCUCUCUCUGUUCCCUCACUCGACCCCACUCUGAGGACACAAGUAAAGUGACAACGAGAAACAAACUGACUGUUGCUACGUACAAAAAAUACUCUUCCCCCCCACUCCCCAAUCCCCCCACCC